AUAUCUUAUGGAACUGACAUCUAGUUACGCUUAAAUCCGAUACGCUCUAUAUCGUUUUUGCGGAAUCAAACCAUUCCACUUUUAAUUAGGUAUGGAGCCAUACCGGGUGACUUUUGAGUUCAUUUGAACGCAUAAGUUCGGUACGGUUUUGCUUCGGAACCUCUUUCUCGAAAAAGCAGCUUCAUUUGUAAAAUAAAACAAUUUUGCGUGCUUCACGUGCUUUUGAUUCCCCACAAAGAUUUGAUAAUUGCUGCCAACACGAAGACAUUCCACGUUACUGUGCAACCCCCUGGGUAUAUACAGAUUUAACAUUUAAUUGCUUACCCACAUAUUUCUCUAAAUCAAACCCAUUAAUGUGUUAUCAGUGGCCGUGUUAUAAGAAUACUAAGAUUGUCUAUGGACCAUGUGGUAAAAAAGUGAUUAUUUUAGAGUUGAAAAUGAGAAGCACCUCAACGCGCCUAGAAGAAAUGACAACAAGAAAAUAUAUUUAAGAUGGCUGAUAUUUCGCCUUGGUAUACGGGGCGCCGUCAGAGCGUACUUUUACAGUACAGAUCAGAUGUCACACGCGUAUGUGAUCCUUCCGAAAGGCUUUGUACUCUUGCCCAAACUCCUCGUGCAUUGUUUUACAACAUGCUAUGCACUGUAUGAUGGUGUCAGGCUAUUUUCAUUCAUGUACAAGAAAGUUAAUCGGUUCCCGAUAAUUUUUUCAACCAUGCCCGAAUUUUUUGCUUGCUCUAAAGUGUUAUUUCUUGAUAAUCAGAAAAAUGAACGAUCAAUGUCGAUACGAUAAAAGAUGUGGUUAUUAAGUUUGAAAUUAAUCUUUUUAAUCAGCUCAAUUUUCUUGUGCCGUACGAGUUCUUAUUUCAUGAUCAUAUUAUGAAUCGGAGCUCUUCGAAACUAAUACAGGUCAGAAAGUGAGUAGAUUACAAUAUGGGUUUUUAUUGAAAAUGCACCUUUUGUGAGUACCGUCUAAAGAAAAAUAUCAGAAUGGAAAACAGGCAACUUCUAAUCUGGUUCAUUGAAAUGUUAACAGUCAAGUUAGGCCGACUGAAGAACUUGAAUUAGCUCCGAAUUUGAAGGUCCUCUGCAUUCAUACUAUGUGUUUCAUAUCCAUCAAACAAAAAAGUUCUUUCUCGCUGCUUAGUUUGUAGUCCUUAUCGUUUGUAUUAGGAUUUAUUUCUAAGUAAACAGCAAGAAUCUUGUCAAUGAUAGCUGAUAUCUGGCAGCUGAAACUCAAUUUGGAUGCACAAGAUAUUCCCUCAUGUCCGUCUCUGCAGCUUCAGAUUAGAUUGGCUUCCAAAGAUAAGAGGAAUAGGUUCUUAUGUUAUCAACGAGGAAUUUCUUCUCAAAAUAUCUUACAUACAUUAUUCAAGUAUGAAUCUUUUUUCAAGAGGUUGCCUUUUGUCUUGUUAAAAAGUCAUCAACGUAAAAUACCAAAUGCAGAGGUUGCUCUUCUUUUUCCAGUUGGAAAUGAGAGAGUUCUUGCAGAAAUUUGAAAAUUUGAUUUUAAAACAAAGGAGACGAAACAUGAUGAUAGAUGUUAUAAUAAGAUGCUAAAAUAUAUAGCUCUAAAUGAAAUUGUACUGAGAGCUGCCGUUGGAGAACGUGCAUUCCUUACUUUAAUUCGGAAUUCAAUACGACCUCCCAGUCGAUGAAGAACCGUCUUAAUCAGUUUAUCUCAACUAGAUUAGCUGUUGUAGUGAACAAAAUUUUAUUUACAUGCUGCGUCUUUCAUUAUAUAUCCUAAUUGACAAUGUCUAAAGAACCAACUGCAAAAUCCCCGGUUACUGUCAGUUAUCAACAGUCAUCGAUGCUUUGAUUCAGGCUCGCAUUCCAAAUUUCAUGGAGAUGUUUUCGAUGAUUUUCGCUCAUUUCAACCUAUAACUUUUUAAAGAAAGCGAUUCUAAUGGCAGCUGUCCCAAACCAGGCCUUCAAGGGAUUAAAGUAUUUCUUAGCAAUUUUAUCUGUAUCCUGCUGCGAUUUUGAGAAAAUAUAUUGUUAGGGUUCAUAAUGAAUGCAAAUUAUGUGUAAGGUCAAUGAAAUGUUAUGGGAUGGUUUUCCGAGCUGGCAUUUCUUGUUAACGUGCAUGCCAGACAGUAAACACCUUGCUAGUUUUGACCGCACCUGAAGAGGCUUCUUACUGCAUAUUUAUUUCUAUAUAAUUAAUAUCUAAAUAUCGUUAUCGUUUAUUGAUGAUCUUGUCUUUUCAUAAAACUGACGCGUUAAGUUAUGAAUUAUGAUAGCCAUUAUGAUUGCUUGACCUUCUGAUAAAUUUAGAAUUUACUGGUAGAUGGCUCCAUUUGCAAUGCUUCUUAUAUUUUUCUUCUACUCUGAGCUUUGAUCUUUUAAAAACAUAUACUAUAACUACAUUCCAUUAUAUGUAAUAAGCCAACUUCUUAAUUCAUUAUAAGCCAACUUUUUCCCGAUUAAUGACCUCCUAAUGAAACUUUAUAUUCCUUGUUCUGACUAAUUGGUAUAAAAAAACGUUUUAUACAAGAAUUGAUUUAUCAUAAGCUUGUAAAGGUAAGUUCAUGUUUGUUAAUGACUUGGAUAAAACAACUUGUAAGGUUUAAAAACUGUGAUUUUUCGUGCUUUCUCCCCUCUAAUUAUUAGAAGGGUUUGAAGAGGACAGUUUCAAGUGUUCACAACUAGCGAUCGCGGAAACAUUUUUACUGAGUACAAUUUUUUCAUAAAUUUAUCAAGCAAUAAAUUUUUUUAAAAAAAAUUUAGGUUAUCUUUGAACAUAUAUUCCGCGUUUAUUUUGUAUUGUUAGUGGCAAAAACGUGCAAAAUAGGCCUAAAUCUAGCUGCGAGGCACGUUUGCUGUCAUAUUCUUGAAACCUGAUUGGUUAUUGAGGUAUUGUUCUCAAUCUUUCCAGCAUAUCAAUUUGUGUCUCAUCUCAUAUUAUUUCUAUGGAUACAAUGCUUUUCAAUCACCAAAAAUGUUCAUUAUUUCUUUCUGGCCUGAUGUCAAGGAAAACCUUUCUCACUUCUAGAGGUCAAGAUACAAUGUUACUUUUAACAGAUUCGCUGUGAGAAAACAUGUAAAUUUUUCCGAGUUAUUGAAGACUGUGAAUAGAACAUAUAUAGAUAAUCCGAUUUAGCUGCUACAGGUUUUAAAAAUUCAUAAAUGAGUAUCGCGCACUUAUAAACAUUUGAGUUACUGGAAAAGGCUAAAUAUUAAGUAACCAAGUUAAGCCUCGCAAGAUUUUUGUAGAUAUGACUUUGAAGCCAUUGAGGUGGAAAACACUGUUGCCAUUCUAAAAAAGAAAGCAGAAAGAUUGGUUAAAACAAGUCUUCUUUUCCAAGAGAAAGAGAAUGAUAUUGAUCUGACAUUAAAUAUUUCAAAAAUGUCUUAUUUGGUAUGAAGAGAGCUUUAAAGUCCUCUGUAUUUUCCAUUUCAUGCUUGCAAACAAUGUAAGUGAUAUACGAGUUCAGAAUUAGUUAAGGAUAUGAUAAGUUAAAUUAGUGAAGGCAAAAAUUCUUUUGCGUUUGAAACAUUUGUUGGGAAGUAUAGCUUUGACAUUGUUUUUGGUAUGAGGAACACGACGAAAAACUCGAGUUUCAUUUUAGAAAAGAUUAUCCGGUGUAGUAAUCGACAUUCCAAGAAAAACAAUAAUUGUGUGACUAGACCUUACUAGCAAAGGCUUGAAAUAUCUUGCAAUUCAGAAUCAAACAUUUAUUGCAGACAUGACGUUAUUCUAAUUAGAUUACUACUUUUGCCAAUAAACUAACAACAACUGUAUGAAAGCAUCAACAGUUUUUGUUAAGGUUGGAACAAAUUUCAGUGAUUUUUUGUUUUUCAAUGGUUUAGUUCUUUCUUUAUCCUUCUCUUGGUGAAACAUGAGCAGUUUAUUAAUCAUGGCAGAGAUUCUUCUUGGAAGAAAAGUAUUAUUUGAGUAGGAAAACCUCUUUAACUAAAGGAUAAAAGCAGUAAUUUAGGCUGAAAUAGUUCUAGCGUCAUUAGAAAAAGGAAAUGUUGCUUCUUUAUGAAAUGAAGAUGCCAUGAAAUAUUCUGAUUCGAAUUUUACUGACAGAAUUCGCAAUACCGGUGAGAUGAAAGAUUUCUCCUCCAUUAACAAGUCUGCUCGAUGAAAAUAUCACAAUACCAAGAGUAGAAUGCAGUUUUGUAUGCAAGCAUCAAAACAAACAGAUUCUGUAAAUAGACUUGACUUAAUGUAAGAUGCGAGCCUUUGUUUACCAGCUGCGAUCUUCACUCAAUUUAGCGAUUUCAUGCGUCAAAGUUUAGCAGUACUCCCAUCUAAAUAGUUCAGCAAAACCUUCACUCGAUGAAUCUUUAAUGAGCACCGCAGCUUGUUUGAAAUACUGGAAAAAAUUUGACUAAUUCAAGCGGCCAGCACUUCGUGUCGUAGUCUAGCGGUUAUCAUUGAUUUGGUUAGCUCAUGGUUGCUUUGAAAAGCCAAUCUCGCCCAAUCCUAAUACCAUGGAAAGCUAUGCAAUAAAUUUCAUUCCGGGGGACCUGGUAACCACCAAACAGCUACAUACUACUUCAGCUUUCAAGAAAGCGCCAUUAUUAUCGUCAUUGUGCUGAAAAGAGCUUUUACAGAAAGCUUUGAAGACAGCUGUUUGGUGUUGACCACUUCAAUUGUUCAAUAGUAGUUCUUUCUUGAACAAUGAAGUCGAUUUAUGAAGUUUUCAGCUAGGAGUAGUUCAACUUUGAUAUCCUGCACUUUGUACUUUACAUCGACUUGGAAAUCUGCCUCUUUGUGCUUCGCCUUAUGGUACUUUUAAUGGUUAAGCACACUGUUCUCACCAAUGUUUUUAUUCUACGACAGAGAACAACGGAAAUGGGACCAGGAACCUCCCAACAUGGCCUCAGCAAGAGAAGAACCACAACAUCGACUCGCGAACAAAAUACCAGAAGAGCUGAUAUGCGCACUCUGUGGCGAGAUGUACAACGAUCCGAGGCUUCUACCGUGUUUACACACUUUCUGCAAAAGAUGCCUUGAGCACACAGUAAACCCAAGAUCUGCCACAAUAACAUGUCACAGCUGCAGAAAAGAAGUUUCACUUAUGGCAAAAGGUGUUAAAGAUUUUCCUCCAAAUUUUAUCAUUCUGAAUAUGCUUGACUUUGUUGCUGUAAAGAACAGUGACAAGAAGCCAAUAUUAUGCAGCAGUUGCAAUGAACAGCUCCCUGCUACCGCUAGAUGCAUCGACUGUAUGGAUUUUCUAUGCUACGCUUGCCACAGCGCUCAUGGAAGAGUACGAAUCACCAAAGAUCACCAGAUUCUGACACUCGAACAAAUAAAGAUGAGCGAGGAUGCCUGGAGGCUUCUACAUCGACCAAUAACCUGUGCAGUACACCCGGUUGAAAAGAUACAAUAUUUCUGUCUAACGUGUCAGGAUACUAUUUGCCGCGAAUGUACAAUGACGCAACACCCUAGCUCCCAUCAUGAAUAUACAAUCCUAUCAAAAGCUGUUGAUGUUCAGAAAGGAGACAUAAUGAGCUUGCACAGAGCUCUGCAGCAAAAGGUGCCUUUACUGUCUAGGGCUUGUCAGGAUAUUGAUGAAACAGCUCGGAAACUUGAUGCGAGGUCGGACCUGAUUCGAAAUGAGAUCCAGGAACGAACACCAAGGCUUAUUCGACUUCUUCAAGAAAGAGAAAGUCAGCUGCUUGCCGAUUUGGAUGUGCUAGUGAUGAAUAAGAAGAAGGUACUGAAAAAGCAAAUGGACCUAUUUGAUCAAGAGUUUAAACGGCUUAGUACUUCGACCAAUUUCACUGAACAAGUGCUAUCUUUCAGCAGUGAAGCUGAGCUUCUUACUAUCAAAAAGCAGCUUUGUGAAAAUUUGAAAAAUCUGUUAAAAUUGCAAUUAAAACUAGAGCCUGACGAAAAUGACCAUUUGUCUUGUGAUACCAACGUCGAUUCCAUCACAUCGUCAAUACAGCAAUUUGGACAGAUAGCAACAAAAGAAGUCGAAAUACUGCGCUGUAGCAUUGAUGGUGAAAUGGAGUCGAAUGUCAGCAAAGGAAAAACUGUUAAUUUGUCUUUGGCAGUAAGAAAUCAAUUUGGGAUAGAGAGGAGAGCAAGCAAAGACUCUAUAACAGCAGAGCUGCGAACCCCAGAUACUGGUAUAAUUAUUCCUGAGAUAAAAGAAAAGUCAGACGGGACAUUUUCAAUGUCCUACAGAACAUAUUCCGUCGGGCAACAUCAGCUUACUAUACGAUACAAUAACCAGCAUAUACCUGGAAGUCCAUUCAUCAUAAAUGCAUUAAGUGAUAGUACUAACGCUAUAAGCAAGCAUUCACCGAUUAAGAUACCGAACUAUUCACGACCAGAGAACUCUUACGAGCAACACACAAGUAUUCCUAUAAAUCACGUAGAACCUCGGUUAUAUGUGAAGUCGAUUGGCAGAAAAGGGCAAAAUUUUGGAGAAUUUAAUGGCGUAUUUGCUGUAGCGGUUGAUGUGCGCCAACGGCGUAUCCUAGCAACAGAUUACAACAACCACAGAGUGCAAGUUUUUGACGAGCAAGGGAAUUUCCUGUUUCUUUUUGGCGAAAGAGGAAUGGCGGAUGGUCAGUUUCAGAGCCCGACUGGCAUAGGUGUUGGCCCUGGUGGAGAGAUAAUUGUAUGCGAGAGACUCAAAGGGCGUAUACAGGUAUUUGGAAACGAUGGAACAUUUCAAAGACGAUACCUGCUCAAUGAACUGAAAGCCUCGGCACUGACAGUCGACUUUAGCGGAAGGAUAAUAAUAGCUGACUACACAAACUGUUGCAUUUAUAUACUGGAUCCGAUUUUAGAACGUUGGUCAAAAUUUGGUGCUUUUGGAUACGGGCCUGGUGAGCUUCAGUACCCGUGUUAUGUCACAACAAACAAGGAUGGUCAUAUAUUUGUAUCAGACAUGCAUAACAGCAAAAUCCAGGUGUACGACGGUGAGGGGAUUUUUCGGAUGAGUUAUGGCAGAAAAGGCGAAAAAGAUGGUGAAUUGCAAAGACCAACGGGAAUUGCAGUGGACCAAAAAGGCCGACUGAUAAUUGCUGAUAGAGACAACCAUAGAAUUCAAGUAUUUGCGCCUUCGGGUGAAUUUCUAAUGAAAUUUGGCUCCAAAGGGGAGAGAGAAGGGGAACUCAACGACCCACAUGGACUUGCUGUUCUUUCAGAUGGUCGAGUUGCAGAAGCUGAUUUCAGAAAUAACCGUAUUCAGCUGUUUGGGUUUUGAUGCCAAUACGAGCCAACUAUUUAUCGCAACGAUUGGUUGAAACAAGAUGGAUCAAGUUCCUCUUAUUCAUAAUGGUUGGGAGUUUCAGUAUGUUCAUGGUGCUGGUCAACACAAGCUUUUAGCGGUGAGCAGAGUGAAUUCUUUACGACAGAACUUUUAUGAGUCGACAUAGAUAUAAAAUGUCAGUUAAAAGCCUAUCAUAAGACUUUCUUUUAUGCAUGCUCGCAAAAUUUAACAAAAGAUUUUUCUUGCUUUAGCUUUCUGAACAAUAGAACUAAGCACGAAAACCGAGCACUUUCCAGUUCUAUAAUCAUUGCUACUCUGAAAUCAUCAUUUCCUUCUUUUAUGUUAAUUAAAGGCCCUUUUCGGUAAAUAGAAGUAUUUUGUUUUGCUAAAUGCUCGAAUCAUAUUCUACAACUCAGAAAAAAUACAUCAGUUCUCAUCCAACUUAGUUUGUUGGUUGAAUAUGACUAAUUGGAUCUAAACUUUUAGACUGUAAUUAAUUGGUAUUUUCGUUGCACGCUUGUCAAUAAGCGUUAUUUUAAGAUAUAUUGAUUUUUAGUUUGUCAAAUAGUAGAUUAUAUCAAUAUAAAUGAAUUAAUGACAAUUAUUCUCAAUUA